ACACACACACAGAUACACACACACACACACACACACACACACAGACACACACGGUCGAUAUGGCGACCAACAGAAUAAACCAAUGUUUUUUAUCCGAGAGAAGAUGAAGUUGUCUGGACUCAUGAAUCAUGAGUUUCAGGUCCCGCACUAUGUGAUGAGCCGUCAGGACGUGUGGACGUUGUUAAUUACGCACCCUUUCUGAUUCCAGUGGAAUCUUUUGCUUGUUGUUGUUUUUGUUUAAUGAAACGCACACGGUCACGCCUAGGCUCGUACAUGUAGACCGUCCGGUGACGAUGCCUGUCCAAGCGCCGCAAUGGACCGAGUUCCUGCUGUGUCCCAUCUGCACGCAGACAUUCGAGGAGACGGUGCGGCGACCCAUCAGCCUCGGCUGCGGCCACACCGUCUGCAAGAUGUGCCUGAACAAGCUGCACCGCAAAGCCUGCCCCUUCGACCAGACGGCCAUCAACACCGACAUCGAGCAGCUUCCUGUCAACUCGGCCCUGCUGCAGCUCGUCGGGGCUCAGGUGCCAAAACCUCAACCUGUGGCACUCAUUACUAGUCCAGAAGACACCAAGCACUAUGAUGAGGCAAGGCAGUGUGUGGAGGAGCUCGCCCUCUACCUCAAACCUCUCAGCAGUGCAAGAGGCUUGGGGUUGAGUAACGCAGCACAGAGCAUGCUCAGCAGACCCAUGCAGAGGAAGCUGGUAACCCUGGUGCACUGCCAGCUAGUGGAGGAAGAGGGCCGGGUGCGUGCCAUGCGUGCUGCCCGCUCGCUGGGAGAGCGCACUGUCACAGAGCUCAUCCUCCAGCAUCAAAACCCCCAGCAGCUCUCAUCUAACCUGUGGGCUGCCGUCCGCGCCAGGGGCUGCCAGUUUCUCGGACCAGCCAUGCAAGAGGAGGCCUUGAAGCUGGUGCUGCUGGCUCUGGAGGACGGAUCUGCUCUCUCCCGCAAGGUGCUGGUGUUGUUUGUGGUACAGCGUCUGGAGCCCAGAUUCCCUCAGGCCUCCAAAACCAGCAUUGGACACGUGGUUCAGCUGCUUUACCGUGCCUCCUGUUUUAAAGUGACCAAGAGAGACGAGGACUCGUCCCUGAUGCAGCUGAAAGAGGAGUUUCGGACGUACGAGGCUCUGCGGAGGGAGCACGACUCUCAGAUCGUCCAGAUCGCCAUGGAGGGAGGUCUGCGCAUCGCCCCUGACCAGUGGUCCUCUCUGCUCUAUGGGGACCAGUCUCACAAGUCCCACAUGCAGUCCAUCAUCGACAAGUUGCAGACGCCUGCGUCCUUUGCGCAGAGCGUGCAGGAGCUGACUAUAGCCCUGCAGAGGACGGGCGACCCCGCCAACCUGAACCGCCUCAGACCUCAUUUAGAGCUGCUGGCCAACAUCGACCCCAGUCCAGAUGCUCCGCCUCCAACAUGGGAGCAGCUGGAGAAGGGUCUGGUAGCCGUGAAGACGGUGGUGCACGGGCUGGUGGACUUUAUCCAGAAUCACAGCAAGAAGGGCACCGAGCAGCAGCAGCCUCCGCAGCACAGCAAGUACAAAACCUACAUGUGCCGGGACAUGAAGCAGAAAGGAGGCUGCCCCCGAGGUGCCAGCUGCACCUUCGCCCACUCGCAGGAAGAGCUGGAGAAAUACCGUAAGAUGAACAAGCGCCUGGCUCAGAGACUUCCAUGUGGUCCCUCCUUGCUACCCGACGAAGGCGUGCCUCUGGAGGGCGUGACGCGUAAACCUUCACCCCUUACCAACGGCAUCGUGGCGCCGUGUCCACCUCCGCCGUCACCGCUUUUAGCACGUGGACACGACCCUUCAGCCUACGAGCUCAUGCGAAAGCCCAAACUGGACAGCCUGAGUGCUCCUGGAUCUCCACCUGAUUCUUUGGAUAAGACUGGCUUGCCCCUGCCCCCACACGCAGUUGCCCACCCAAGGGCAGAGCACCUCCCCGUGCCCAAGCAGAUUCCCGGCGUGCCUCGUGGCGCUCCGCCGCUGUACCCACAGCAGCAGCAUGAGCUCUUCUAUCCUGAUGCCAGAGCGGCGUCAGGAGCACAGUAUGACGGCCAGUACUCCACUGCAACUCCGUACCCCUACCAGCCGACACAGUAUGUGCCUACACGCUACAUCCGUAACCCUCUGCCCUCGGGCGACGCUUCGUACCAGGAUCCGUACCCUGCUUAUGGCCCUGAACGCCAAUACCCACCUCCCCACCACUCGGGCCCACCUUUCUCAGGUGCCCAUCCUUACCCUCCCCCCUCUCACUAUGAUGCCCGUCGGCACGGCCCGUACGCAGUCCCUCCUCCACCACCACCCCCUCAGCCUUUCGGUCCGCCCCGAGACGAGCUGGUACGCAUGAGCCCCGUGUCCUUGGAUGUGCCACACACUCCAGGGGCCCCCAACUCCCUCUACCACCCCGAGGCAGCAUCCCGGGAGAGAUAUCCCCCAGAAGGUUAUUACCCCCCUGCACCACACUCCGGGCAAAUCAGGUCCCAUAUAACGGACCCGUACGGCCGCUCCCAGCCGAGCCUGGAGUCCCUGCACCGCCGGCGUAAGGAGCUGCUGAACCAGCUAGAGGAGAGAAAAGUCAUUUCUCCUCCACCAUUCGCCGCCUCCCCGACUCUGCCCUCUCACUCUUUCCCCAACGAAUACCCUCAGGAGGUGCAGUACAUGGAGGACGGUUCCAAAGCUUUUGGCACCCGAGAACCCGACUACGCCGGGCAGUACUCACCAUGGUCAUGCGACACCUUCGGCUCAUACAUUAGCUCCAAAGAUCCCAAGCCGAAAGACGGCGUGUCCGCUGGAGCAGCGGAAAUGAUGAACAUGGAGGGAAAGGGCCUCAGGGAGCCGCCUCUGGACGGACAGCGGCGCACGGCGGAAGCCAAAGACGACGAUCCCAUCAUUCCUUUUGGCCCGCUGCCCACAGUGUCGCCGUUUGGUGCCAUUUCUCGGACGUCAAAAACAGGCUACCAGACCACGGGCCCUGUGCAGGCCAUGGCAUCCUCACACGCUUCCGGAUCCAAACACAUCACCGUAGCUGAUUAUUCCUACGGAAACCACGGUGGCGGUUGGGGCGGUGUGUCCUACCCUCAGCACCAGAGCAUCGCUUCUCCGGGACACUUCAGCGAGCGGCUGCCCGCGUCCACCCCCGAUCGAGAGCAGCUGAAGAUGGAGCUCCAGCAAGUCAACCAGCAGAUCAGUCAGCAGACGCAGAUCCGCAGCAUGGAGGCUGCGAGUAACUCCAUGCUGCUGCAGCGAGAGGCCAGCGCUCUGAACGCUCAACCGCCAGCUGCUAAAUGGCCUGCGGGUGGCGCCGUGUCCAGCGAGCAGCUCAGCCUCGAACUUCACCACGUCGAGAGGGAAAUAGGAAAGAGGACGCGUGAAAUUGCUUUGGAGAACCACGUGGCACAGGAAGUCCAGUACAAGCUAAAGGCCACUGAAAAUGGCCAGAGUGACCAUAAAGCCCAGCUAGAGGAGCUCUCUUUAGCACUGGGCGACGUCUCGAACGGCGUAAGCAGCAUCGUUCCGGCCAACAACGUCGGGGGAUCCAUGAUGUCUCUGACCAAUAACACGUCUUCGCUCAGCCUGUGCUCCGGAGAGCAAGCAGGAAGUGGAUCAGAGCUCCAAAAAAAUGGAGUCGUUCAUUCUUAGAGCCACACACAUACACACACACACACACACACAGAGCUCUGUAUGAGAUUUUGGUCAUUUUUAUUCAAAAGCGUUAAAACACGUUAAUGCGCCAAUACGAGGAAAACACACACACACACACACACACACACACACACACACACCUGCAUGCUGUUACAUGCAUGCACAAAAACACUUGUUUUAUUUUAGAAAAAGAAAUGAGCAGUAUCUGCCGUGAUUAUGAAUCUUUUUUUCUUUUUGUUCUGUGAAUGAGCUUUUGUUUUUGUUUUAAACGACUUCUCAUCGCCUGGAAACCAGGGCAUCUGAUUAUCCUGUACCUUUCUUUUCCCUCCUCCUCCUCCUCCUCCUCCUCUUCUUCCUCCUCCUCCGCAUUUUGUUUUUAAAUGAACACGGCGCAGGAAGAGGAAAGCGAGCCGACUCCCUUAGCACCUUACGACCGGCGUUCUUUUUAAAAACACUCCGAAAAACUCAGCGCAGCCUCGGAUAUCACGUGACGGACCAGAUUUAAAAAAAAAAAGAAGGAAAGCCUUUUAUCUGUCCAUUUUGUAUGGAGUUUCUCUGCAGCUUUCCCCCACGUGGCGUAAACCGACACUGUGGCGAAUCCAUCAGGAAAAAAAAAAAAACAACCGAGCCGGAGCUGCCGCUUCAGCGAACACGAGGGUUUGAGGUAACGGAAUCAAUCGUACGAUUUCAUUUAAUUUAUGGUUUUGGCUAUAGAACUGUUCCGAAUUUCUACGGUGAGCGUCGAGCAUUCUGUUUUAUAGAAUGCGUUCAAAUGUCUUUAAAAACACACAAACACACACGAGCACUUUCUUCCAUGUUUUUUCUAUGGGCGUGUACGUUUUUUUUAUUCAAGGAAGAUCGUCUUUUUUUGAUCCUCGUGUUCGCCCGAGUGGCAGCGCCGCGGGUUAUUCACUUGAGAGCGAGCGAGCGAGCGCGUGUGCAUGCGUCAUGUGGAUCGCAGCCUCGUUCGCGGAUUCCCGUCAAUUCUCCCUGACUUCUGUGAAGUUGCUUAACGUAUGUAUUCUGGUCACGUUCACAUAUUCAGGUUAGCCGCUGCACAGGAACACGCAACGCCGCCGCGGUGCUCGUAACGUACCGACACGUGCCGAGGACGGUGUAACAUCGAUCCCUCGUGGACUCGAGCUCCUCGCAACCUCGCCCGUUUGUUUUCAAACCGAUUUCCCACCGCGAUGUUCGCCUCGCUUCAACGGAACCGCGUGUUUUCCCACACAUUAAUCAUAACCAACAGAUAAAGAUGCCCCUGAAACCGGAUCAAGACACGGACAUGCUCUGAAGUCUUCCUAUAGUGAUGACAUUCUUCACGUGCAACAUUUCCUUCUAGUCUCUUGAGACCGACUAUGAUAUUAAGCUCCAAUUUUGGGUGCAACCUCUUAACAUGUUUAAAAAAAAAAACCAAACAAACAAAAAAAAAAAAAGUUUUUUCUGUCUUGAUUAUUUUGUGCUGUAGUUAUGAUUACUGUUACAUUAAUGAUUUAUUGGGUGGUUGUUUGUUUUUUCUUUUCUUUUUUUGUUUCGGUUUUGCUCGAGAAGAGCACGCACCCUUUUCCCAAGUAAGCGUCAAGAUCGGACUUGAGCCGCGUAGCCGUACAGAGACGUACGUGUAUAAUCUGGCUCACCGCGGUCCCGUCUGGAAGCCUAACAACCGCUCGUGCUUUUUACAUCCACACAGGUGCCAACGUCGCUAAGAAUUAAGAACAAACCAAAUUCGAUCCGCUGAACCUUUUUUUUUUUUUUUUUUUUUUCCCCCCGGCCGCAGUUUGCCUUUUCCACCGUCGUUUGGUUUGAGUGGCGCUUUCGCCGUGAGCUCGAAUACGCCAGAGCCAAUAGGUUAACUUUCGGCUGUGCUCGCCGGGUGCUAGCCAAUCAUGAGCUGCUUUAAGCUGAUGUAUGUCUAAGAGGACAGACAGCACUUUUCCUCUAAACGCUGUAGAAAUCACGAGUUGAUGUCGCGGUGUCUGAAUCCAGAUCGCCGCAACGUUCCGAUGUUUUUUUUUUUAUUUUUUAUUUUUUUCUUCUGCUCGUCAACACCGAGCUUAACCCAAUCGGUCAAACUUAAAUGUCCCGGAACGCCAAACUUUUACACAAGUAUUGAUGAAGUAUUUCACUAAGCAGGCCGAGUCCUAAUGCGUCUGUUAUUAACAGAGAAACAAAGCCAGAGAGGGAAAACGUUCACCUCACCACAGCUCCUGUUAUUCGGAUUCUGCGGGAACGUACUAGAAGUAUUUUAAGCUUCAUCAGUAUGCGACUGCACCCACAAACGUUUGUGGGUUUUUUUUUCACCCUCUCUUUCUCCCUCACGUACCUUUUUAAUCAGCGAUCUCACCGAGUUUGUCACAGUCGCUUCUUUUUUUUUUCUUUCUGUUUUUGUUUUACCCCCCCCUCCCCCUUUCUGUGCUUUUACAGAUAAAAUCAUGUCCGUAUCCAGCCACUAAAAACUUAAGUGGCACCAAGUGACUCGUUUAUAUAAGAGAAAAAGUUUUGUGCAUGAUUAUUAUAUAUAUAUACAUAUAUAUUAUUGUUUUUUUCCUGGAGCAGAGGAGUCACAGUGUGAAACGUGGCGAUCUUUGCGAGCAGGCCUGUUCCUAAUGGAUGAUAUUCAUUUCUCUAUGCGGAUCGUGUCUGUUUUGUGCGGACCUGUAGCACUCGUUUGAACCAUUAAGGCGAAUAAAUAAACUCGUGGUUUAGUUGUUUAUUUUUUUUUUCUUUUCUUUUCUUUUCUUUCUCCUUUAAACCUUAACACUGUUAUUGCUGUGUCUAUAACUUUAAUCGGGUGGGGCUACUGGCUUUUUUUUUUUUAACAAUUACGUUUAAGUCUUGUUUUUAAAAAUUAACGGAAAAGAAAAACAAACCUCUUAAAUUAAGGUACAGGCUUGAUUUCAAACAAGGAUAAGUUUUUAUAUAUAUAUAUAUAUAUACAAAUAUAUAUAAACUAGAUUAUACUCCAUUAAGGAAUGUUUUUCGAACCAUCUUACUCCAAUGUGGAUGUAGUCAUUAUUAUGCCAUGUUAUGACUUUGUAAAACAAAUUCACUGUGUGAAAAUGGGUUUGCAUUUUUUUGUACAAUACAAUCUGCUCUUUUUUUUUCUUUCUUUCUUUCUUUCUUUUUUAGUUUUUGUUGGGUUUUUUUUUUUUUUGGUUCCGAGAGGUGAAACUGGAUAUUUCGAGGAAGGCAAAAAAAAAACCUUGUGAUAUUUAAAAAAAAAAACAACAAAAAAAAACAAAUAAAAACCAAACAAACACAAA